ACAAGAAGUAGAGGUUGAGUCUCGAAAAAAAAACACAAAAUAGCCGAAGGGUCCGGCCGAAGGACAACAAACGACCCGGUGUGAGAUUUUGAUGCUCGUUGUGAAGUAUCGCUUAAACACGUCACAUUGAUCUGUCGAGAAACAGUGGCGCCCUUCCAAAACGUUCCGAGAUUCUGCAAUCCGGCCUCAGAAGGGACGUGAUCAGGCUGUCAUGUGAAAGCAAUAGAGGAACCGCAAAGUAGAAUCAUCGCACAUUGUCCUGCGAAUAAGAUCUCGUUGCAGUGUGCCACAUCGCAAGCAAUUUCCGUUGGCUAAAUUUGCAUGCAAGUAACGAUGGUCGAAGAUGAGCUGGGCAUUGGGCGUCAAGCCAAUCCAGAGUGGCUCGUUUGCGCUUUGCGCUUUGCAAAGGUCAGGGUCGGCAAACAGGAUGUUGGUGGUGCUUUGUUUGGAAGAACGAGCUGAACAGUUUCCAACAGGUUCGCUUGACGGAGCCGCCUUGGUCUUGAAAUUGAAGGGCGCUUUUCCCCAAGGUUCUUUCGGUACUUUGAUUGACCGAGCACCGCCCAGCCAAAUAUGUCCAGGCAGGCACGGUCGGGUGCAUCAAGCUUUGAGGUAUCCAACGAGUCUUCCCAGAGCAGGAAAGCAUCAUUUGACCUGGGGUGGAUUGAGCGAUUGGCAAUUGCCAGGAGAACCCCUCGUCAGAGUUUUGCCCGGGACGAUGAGACGGCAGCAAACCUUCUCACUUGGUCAAAACUCACCGCCAAUAAAGUAUGCGAAAGCUAGCAAGCUUCGUCGCGUGAAAACAGUCCACUCGCAUUUUAGGAAGAAAUGUUGUCCCCAAUUAGUCCGACCUGCCCGAUUUGCGGGUUGAUGAAACGCAGUUAUGUAAUCGAUGCUCCUUUACUCUACCUGAC